UGUUAAGAGGCCAACAAGUGGGAACCAAAAAUUAGCCUAAAAAUUCUUGUUACCGAGUGACAGGCAAAAUUUUCACAGUGGGUCACUUAUAAUCGCAGCCCUUGUGUCGGGGACGACGUGGCUGCCCAGCCGUGACUCGCCCCAUUAAGCGUCCGGGUGUACAGUACUACAGUGCGCCCCCACAGGGCUGCCGAGGCCGCCAGAGUGCUGUGGUUGUCGCAGUUUGUAUCUUUUUAAAUCUUGAUCUGACUUGUGCCCAUGCAGUAAAGCCAAGGACUCGUCUUCGUCCUAUUUACGGUAACUACUCUCAAAAUGAAUCGCCGAGUGUACCGGCGGGCGUGACUUCAUUGUAGCACCGAAAACGGCAUGACCGAAAAGCCAAUUGGAAAACAGGCGACUUUUGCCGCAGGGAUUUGGAGCAGACCAGUCCUCGAAACGAAGCUAUGAAUAGGAAGGCAGGCAGGUCUGUUCAAUCGGAAUCGCACACUGGCGCAGGGUACAGGCAGCCCGAAGAUGCUUCUCUCUGUGCACACGCCACCAGAGAUGAGAAAAAACAUCCAGACUCCAGAUUCAUCAUUGGGCGAAGAAUUCUCUACAGCAUUCCACGAAGAUGUACUCGAUUUUCCUAAGCCAUGGAAGCUUGUAGUCGUAGCUUGGCAAAUACUAGGAGGGUUUCCAAUACGCAGGAGACCGUGCCCCGAGCUAGGCGCCCGGAAAUGGCUCAUCAGCUGGAUGCUCCGUGGGAUAUCUGUCGUUGCCAUGGGAAAUGCACUGUUUGCAAACUACACCUCUUACGUUACGGUCAACUUUCAGCUGGGGGAAGGAGCUUACCUGAAGAACGCGCUGAACCGCGUGUCCCUGUUGAUCAUGACGCUGAGCAGCCUGCCCUGCAUCCUGCACGGGCUGCUCUCCGCCAGACGCCUGUCCCGCUUCAUCAACACCCUGCUGCUGCUCAUCAGGGAACUGCAGCCGGCCAACCAGCCAGGCAAGCGCGCACUGUAAAAAAGUUUAGGUAGGGCAACCAGAAUUUUAGUGCCAUUUACCAGAAUGUGUAGUAAAAUGUGAAAAGUGUCUCAGGACAAGGGAUGUGCAAUUCUAAAAAAAGACCUCAAAUCUGAACAGAACUUGAAAAGACAUUUUGUUCAGUAGUGUGUUCGAAGACUUCCUGAUUCAGAAAGAAGAGAUAUAUUCUCUGUCAACGUGAUGAAUUACCAAAAAAUGCAGAGAUAACCC